CCGACACUCAGGUCUUCGACUCGGUGGUGCAGCAGCAUCAGCAUUUGCACCCAAUUCAGGCACAUUUGUAUAGAACCAAUGGCUCGACUGUCAGGCCUGCAAAGGGAAGUGUUGUCUCUCUAUCGGAAAUGCUUGAGGGAGACCCGGAAGAAACCCAUCGAGACGAGGGAGAAUUUCAGAGGAUAUGCUAGAGCAGAAUUUCGGAAGCAUGCUUCUGUUAGCAAGAAAGAUUUCAGUGCGGUAGAGUAUCUACUACGGAAAGGGCAGAGGCAGCUCGAGAUGUACUCAUCCCCGGGAAUCCGCAACAUUCGGUGACCGCAGUGCCCUGCUCCCUCCGACCAAGCCCUAUGACCUCAACCCGGUAUUCCGGUAUUACUCGUUCGGAUGGAGAAAGUCCAAGUACCACGUGACCAUGGAAGGUUCGCGCUGGAUCCCGUAGCCGCUUAUCUUAUCAAUGCCG